AUGCAGCCCUCCGGGACGGCCCCCGCCCGGCUCGGGACGGAGCCCGGGCGGCUGGCCUCCUCCUCCUCCGCCGCCGCCCGGGCCUCCUGCCGGGAGCCGGACCGCCAGGCUCCGCCCGGGACCGCCGGGGACAGCGACGGACACAGCGACGGACACAGCGACGGGGAGGCGGCCGCGUCUCCGCGCGCACCCCCGGACCAGGCGCCCUCCCCUCCGGACCAUCCGCGCUCCCCCUCGGACCAUCCGCGCUCCCCCCCGGACCAGCCACGCUCCCCUCCGGACCAUCCGCGCUCCCCCUCGGACCAUCCGCGCUCCCCCCCGGACCAGCCGCUCUCCCCCUGGGACCAUCCGCGCUCCCCCCCGGACCAUCCGCACUCCCCCUCGGACCAUCCGCGCUCCCCCUCGGAUCAGCCGCUCUCCUCCCGGGACCAUCCGCUCUCCCCCCCGGACCAGUCGCUCUCCCCCUCGGACCAGGCACGCUCCCCACCGGACCAUCAGCGCUCUCCCCCGGACCAGGCGCUCCCCCCUUGGGACCAUCCUCUCUCUCCCCUGGACCAUCCGAUGUCCCCCUCGGACCAUCCGCUCUCCCCCUCGGACCAUCCGCCCUCCCCCAGGGACCAUCAGCGCUCUCCCCCGGACCAGCCGCUCCUCCCCUGGGACCAUCCGCUCUCUCCCCCGGACCAUCCGCUCACUCCCCGGGACCAUCCGCUCUCUCCUCCGGACCAUCCGAUCUUCCCCUCGGACCAUCCAGUCUCCCCCCCGGACCACCCACUCUCCCCCUCGGACCAUCCACUCUCCCCCUCGGACGAGCCGCUCUCCCCCUGGGGCCGUCCGCGCUCUCCCCCCCACCACCCGCGCUCCCCCAGGGACCAGCGUCGGUGGACCGCGAAGGGGUCUGCGGGGUCCGGGCCUGCGGGGUCGGGUGUCCCCCCGCUCCCGGAGGGGCAGCGGGACGGCGGCAGCGGCCCCCGGCCCCGGCCCAGGAGAGCGGGGAGGACCGAGGGGCGGCCGCCGGCGGAGCCCCCCGCCACGGGCAGCCGGAGGGCGGCGGGGCCCCCGGGCCGGGCGCUGCCCCUGAACGGGUCCGGGGAGCGCGGGGACCCCCGGGGGUCGGGCAACGGGACGAGCGGGCGCGCCCGCCUCCAAAACCCCUUCUACCCGCUGACCAAGGAGUCGUACGGGGCGUACGCCGUCAUGUGCCUGUCCGUGGUCAUCUUCGGCACCGGCAUCGUCGGCAACCUGGCCGUGCUGUGCAUCGUCUGCCACAACUACUACAUGAGGAGCAUCUCCAACUCUCUGCUGGCCAACCUGGCCUUCUGGGACUUCCUCAUCCUCUUUUUCUGCCUCCCCCUGGUCAUCUUCCACGAGCUGGCCAAGAAGUGGCUGCUGGAGGACUUCUCCUGCAAGAUCGUGCCCUACAUCGAGGUAGCUUCUCUCGGAGUCACCACUUUCACCUUAUGUGCCCUGUGUAUAGACCGCUUCCGGGCUGCCACUAAUGUCCAGAUGUACUACGAAAUGAUCGAAAACUGUACGUCCACUACCGCCAAGCUGGCCGUCAUAUGGGUGGGAGCCCUGCUCCUCGCCCUGCCCGAGGUCAUGCUCCGCCAAUUGACCAAGGAAGACUUGGGGCUGAGUGGGCGCGCCCCCGCGGAGCGCUGCGUGGUCAAAAUCUCCCCCGAGUUACCGGACACCAUCUACGUGCUAGCCCUGACGUACGAUAGCGCGAGACUCUGGUGGUAUUUCGGCUGUUACUUUUGUUUGCCCACCCUUUUCACCAUCACCUGCUCUCUUGUGACUGCCCGGAAAAUCCGGAAAGCGGAGAAAGCCUGCACUAGGGGCAACAAGCGACAGAUUCAGUUGGAGAGUCAGAUGAACUGCACCGUGGUGGCGUUGACCAUUUUAUAUGGAUUUUGCAUUAUUCCUGAAAAUAUCUGUAACAUCGUGACUGCUUACAUGUCUACAGGGGUCUCCCAGCAGACGAUGGACCUCCUUCACAUCAUUAGUCAGUUUCUUCUGUUCUUUAAGUCAUGCGUCACCCCUGUCCUCCUGUUCUGCCUCUGCAAACCUUUCAGCCGGGCGUUCAUGGAGUGCUGCUGUUGCUGCUGCGAAGAAUGUAUUCAGAAGUCUUCGACGGUGACGAGCGACGACAACGAUAAUGAAUACACCACAGAACUCGAACUCUCCCCUUUCAGCACCAUCCGGCGUGAAAUGUCUACUUUUGCUUCCGUCGGGACUCACUGCUAAACCGCUCUGGUUGGAUUUAAAACAUCCUGUGAAGAUUUUUUUUACUUCUCCGUUUCUCCUUACUGGAUGGAGCUGAAAUAAGGAUCUGUUUGAUCGAUUCUUUGUAUUAACCUUUGUUCUCUGGGUGGGAUUUCUGGUUAGUUAUUUAAGAAAAAAGAACUAGCCUAUAGUUUUAGGUUCUUUGAUCCGGUACGGUUCUAAUAUAUUUUUGGAAAAAAAUUAGGGACUGUACCUUUUAUUUAAUUCCUUGCUAGGAUUUAUUUUGUAAUCACUGUAAAACUGAUUAUAGCCAUUGUGAUUUUUGUGAGAUGUUUCAUGUGAAAGGUGUGGUCGAACGUAUUGUAUCCGAUGUCGUGAGAUGAAUAGGGGUUUGAGGUUUCACAAGGUAGCAGAAAAUAAAUUCCCAUUUCAUUCUUUAAUUUCAUUGCCAAUCUACUUUAACAAAGAUCCAAUAAAUCUCAUUUAAAGGC